UAUAUCUAUUCGCAUGUUGCAUUUCAAUCUGGGUAUGCUUCAUUCACAGGAACGAUUCUUGCUGGAACCAUCAACCUUGCGUGGCCGUUGAAAUCCAUUGAGAAACUAUGCCAGGAUGAUCUACUCCCCGCUAAGAGUCCUUAGACAUGCCCGGGUGACCGAGUCUUCUUCAAUACUUCUGUCAUAUGGGGUUCGGAGGGACCUAAGCAGAUCUUUGGAACACUUGGAAAUUAUCAGGCCAUUAACUGGUUUUUCCUUGGAGGUGCAGUAGGACCAGUUAUAGUUUGGCUGUUGCACAAAUCAUUCCCCAAGCAAUCUUGGACUCCCCUAAUUAACCUUCCAGUCCUUCUAGGGUCAACUGCAAUGAUGCCGCUGGCUACACCAUUAACGCACAAUGCCUGGAUCAUGGUUGGAACAAUUUUCAAUUUCUUCAUCUUCCGUUACAUGCAGUGGUGGCAGUGGCACAAUUAUGUUCUUUCAGCAGCAUUGGAUGCUGGGGUGACUUUCAUGGUAAUGCUUGUUUACUUCUCAGUUGGCAUAGAAAACAAAAGUUCUACUUGGUGGGGUGCAAAUGGUGAACAUGAACUGGCAUCUUGUCAAACAGCCAAGGGCAUAAUAGUUGCUGGUUGUCCAGUAAACUAGCUUUGUUGCUCUUCUGAUGC